GUCGAUAGUCGAUAACGACGUCCGCACUGGUGCCAAUGGCUCUGCCCUCACCCACUUCCUUGUCCCGGCCAUGGACGACCUCCAUGACACCCUCACGUCUCUUGGCCUCAACCGCGACAUCGUCGUACUGUCCUCGCCACACCGUCCUACCAACCCUCCAACGUAGUCUUCCGCCCGGACCUCCCCCUUUACAUCUACCCCUCCUCGCAUUCCAUGCCGACACUGGCUCCCCUCUCUUCGUCAACGCCUACCCCUACUUCGUGUACGCGAAGGAUCCAUUCGACGUCACACUUGAAGAGACUCUCCUCGACCCGGUGUCUGUCGCCUUCACCGACCCGGCCGCCGACCUCAGCUACGCCAACCGCGCCAUUGCGGUCGUAGCGUCGCCUUCCUUGAAGGGCGACAGGGUCGGGGUGCAGGAGUCAGAGACGGGGCCCGGAGAACGCAGCACGAUACAAUGGCAAGCUGAUUCAACCGGUGGUAAUGCAGAAGGGUGACGUCGUUUUGGGCCUACAACUUCGCCCUCUUCAACGAGAACCAAAAGGCCGGGCCGUCCUCCGAGCACAACUGCGACCUCUUCAAGUCUGACGGCACCACUUAUUCUCGUAGAAAGAAUUUGCCCAAUUAGGGGGACGACAGGGCCUCACGAGACAGGGUUGGGGCCUCGCAAGGGUGGAGGUAACCACAUCGGGGCAGAAGGUGGCCACAACAGGAGAAGGGGAUGACAGGGCCUCGCGGGUGGUGGGCAGGGUCUCGUGGGACGACAGCGUCGCGGGGCGAUGACAGGGGAGGGGGACGAUAGGGCAGGGCCUCGAGGGACGGUGGCGCGACGGGGCAACGACAGAGGAGGGCUAACUCGGAUCAGGUUGCUUGGGUUUUUCGACCCGCUAAUCUUAGCCCAAUCCGGUCGAUU